AUGUCCUCUAGAGAUCCCUUGUACCUGCACAAGGAAACUAGACUGAACCUGGAGGCCCCGUCGAGUGCGCUGAUCGUCAAUGUGAAGCUGCCCUCUGGCAGUGCGACAGCCCGAGGCCAGAGACGACCGCACCCGCCCGACGAGGACGAGAAGCUGUUCCGCUCCAGGAACUGCGCCGUCGCCUCGUCCAUCUACCACCGCAAGCACCAUGCCGCCCCCAGGAGCUUCCUCUGGCGCGUCCUGGACGCCGACACCCUGCUGAGCGUCCGCUGCAUCGACGUCUGCAAGACCAAGAAAUCCCCCGAUGCGAACCUGGUUGUCAAUCUCCGCUUCACUCAGCCCAUACGCCCCUCGUGCGUCGCCCUCGCGGACUCCCCCGACCAUGACGCACUCAGCGUCUUCGUCGUCGACCAGUCGAACCAGUUCUUCACCAUCACCCUGAAGCCCGAGCACUUCCGCAGGCCUUCGCCAGCCGAUAUCGCCGACUUGUGCAAAGUACACUCCUCGGCUGCGUUGGGCAUCAAGGUCGCCCACCGCCUGAUUGCCGCCGACGACAACCUCCUCGUCGUGACCACUCACGACGGUGGUAUUCUGAAGUUGGACAGGAACAGAGGCCAUGACUCUUUUCGACAACCCUGGAGGGAGACGCAGUAUAACUCCAAGGGCUGGGGUCAGAGUUUUAGAGGCUUCCUCAAGGGAAGCCACACGGUCAAGCAUGGCAACGUGAACAUGGAUCUCAGUGCUGCUUCCUCGGUGGCCACGACGGAUCUUGGCCAACAAGAGGCCUCGUUUCUCUUCACCGUUUGCCUGGAUCACCGCUUACGCAUAUGGAACUUGCAGAACGGACAGAUCCUACACACCCAAGACAUUCUCAAUGCUGAACGGAACCCCCAAGAAAUCGGUAAAUGGACCAUAGAUCCUUCCCAGUGCAAUCUGAUCAAGGUCGUCGGUGAGACAGAGGGGAAGCGUCUUUGCGUCACAUAUUCGCCUGUAGGCGCCGGGGAGUUCAAAUUCUGGAAGCUCGAGGCCGACCCCGACGAAGGCGGCGUCGCCAUUAACCCCUUCUUCAAGGAUUCCCAGCUCAUCCCUCCGCCGCCCGCGGGCUCUGAUGUCUGGACACUGGCCGAUUUCACCGUAGCCCAUGAUGGUCCCCACGGCACGCGGUUAUGGGUGCUGUGGAAGAACAACAUGACCUACAGGGUACAUUAUCUUGCCUUUACUUUUGAAGAGGUUGAUGAUGCGUGGCAGAAUGGGUGGACUGGUGUUUACUGCGACAACACGAUACCUACGGCGCAAUCCUCUGGCCCGGGUGACGCUACAGAUGCUACCGAGAAGUGGCUACAGCUCAUCUUGGCUCCUGGCCGGUUCACAAAGGCCACUCUCGAAACGGCCUUGACCAUUUAUGAGCAAGGUUUGGGCUUGGCAAAGGACUCGUCGGCUCGGACCAGCAAAGGAUUGGCAGAGUCUAUCUGCUCCGUUCUCGGCUCGACAUCUUCUCUUGAAAGGAGCUCAUCUGCGUCUGGAGGGAUGAACUACGAAGGAUUCCGAGUUGCCAAUGACAUGCAGUGGCGCCGCUUUUACCGGCUCGUCGUCGAGUUGGACAAGCAGCGCGGUGAAGCCCUGUCAUUGUCCUACGAGCCAACUUCAGGUCAGCCUUGGGUGGCUUGCGCAGACGGCCUCUCGUCAAUCCGAGAGUGCAGUCGACUGGAGCAAAUAUGUCACAAUCCUGGUGCUCGCCUGGAGGGCUACGAGAAUGUGUCACUGCUCAUCUCCACUGGGCUAAACUUCGUCGACAUAUUCUCGCACAGUAUGCUCCAAACUUGCAACGCAGUAUUGCGCUGUGAGCUACUUGAAGAUUCCACAAAAACGGACGAUGAACGGAUUCAAUAUUUUUCAGACAAGGCAGCUUUCUGGCGGCAGACAUCUGACGAUGAUUGUGCUCAAGUCACCGAUGCUUUGGGCCAGAACUUUUCGGCAGUCAGCACGGAACUGUAUGGUAGAACCGUCUCUUUGAUGAAUGCUCCUGCCGACUCUCAACGCCAAACCCCAUACCCUCUGACCGACUUUGGGCGCAAAAUAGCCGUCCGAGCUAUUCAGGAGACGGUCGAGCUUCAAUGGAACGUCUGUUUCAGCCAGCUUAUUCUUCUUGUCCACAUGGAGUUCGAAUUCGAUGUACCCGAGGACGCGCUCCAUCAUCGCAUGGACAUUGGCACUGUCUACCGCUAUCUCAUCAAGUGCCUCCAGAGGCUGGAGCUGGUACGAUGGUUGGCAAAGACACAGCUUUUGGUGCCGCUUCCAAAGGCAGACCGGUCUGGUUCUAUUUCAGGUGGCUCGCCUGCCCUCACGAAGCGUUCGGCCGAGGAAAGCCAAGUAAUCACUGCCUUGGAAGGACUGGUUGGCCACCUCCUAGGGACUUGCGAGAUGGCGGGGACGCCUUCGAGCAUCACAGACAUCGCAUCGAAUGUGUGUGCGACAGACAGCGAUAUUCAGUUACCGCCUCACCUUUUCCAGUGCGCACUGCUUUAUCAGAACAGGCCGGAUCUUGCUGCCGAGCUUGGUCCAUUCUGCGAUCAUGACCCCUUUUCAACAUAUGUCCAGGGGCGUGUACAUCUCGGUCUCAAAGACUACUCGACUGCGGCCACAUACUUCAAAAAGGCAGCAUACGGUCUGAGUCGGCCAACGAAGAACCCUGACAGGCAUAGCAGUGGACUGCUCGACGAUACAGAGUGGCGAUUGUUGCAUGCUGGUAUGCCACAAUACUAUGCUCAUGUUGUCUCCCUGUAUGAGAAGCACAAGGCGUACACAUACGUCGUGGAGUUUGCUCAGCUCGCCUUGCAGUUCGUCAACCGCCAGACCAAAGAUGGGCCGGCAUUCCGGACAGAAGUCCAAAGUCGACUGUUCCAUGGAGCCGUCAGCAUAUCCCACUUUGAUCUGGCACACACGACCUUGGUCACCAUGGCGGACCGCGCACUGCAACGAUCCCUGCUCCGCAUCCUCAUCGAGAAGAUGUGCGAUGGACUUCACAAUUCGGAGCUUGUCGAGCUCCCCUUCCCCAACCUCGAGAACGCCGUCGAUGAUAUUCUGGCCCACAGGUGCCACGACGCAGUCGACAUCGUGACAGACAAGCCGUGGCAUCAGAUCCUCUACGCAUGGCGCAUCAAACGCAACGACUACCGCGGGGCUGCCGCCAUACUUCUCGAUCGCAUACACAAACUACGACAGCGGGCCGAUGCCGACGAGCCCGCCGGGGACGACGUUCUUGACACGGUCAUCACCAGGCAGUACUUGAUGCUGAUCAACGUCCUCAGCUGCGUCGACGAAAAGCAGGCGUGGAUUGCCACGGAAGCGCCGCCAGCCAGUAGUCAUGGUGUGAACGGCUCAUCGGGCUCCUUUGGCAACGGCUUGGGCAAGAGAAAGGUAGUAACGCUGGCAGACAUUCGCCGCGAGUACCAGGCCGAGUUGGAUCGCAUUGCCGCAAUUGGUAAUGACCAGGUGCCGUUCAUGGACGCCGGGGACGAGAUGGAAGUUUUGUGA